UCAUGCAGGGAGAGCGACCUUUCACUUCGCAUUUCACAUUCAACGUUUUAUCAUUUAUGUAAUUCAGAGCUUAUAUAACGGAGAACAUAUAUGUCACAGGCACGCCACCCUGGGCACUGUAGACUCUCUCUUCGUUAGUCAGAGACACACGCAUACACACACACACACACGCACACACAGGAGCACACACGCACACGCACACAGACAGGCGCGCUAGCCGCCUCCGAUAGCAUGGCAGCGUAGAGAUGCAGUUCUGCAGAGAGUAUUUCUGUCAGACCUGUAGUGCCUCUGUCACCAGUCCUGAGGAAGAUAUGGACACAGGCAUGGGGAGCUGCAUCGGAGUCCAGCGCAGCCAGGCUACGGCCUACACUGAGAGUCAGACCGGCGAGACGAGGGACGGAAAACCCGAAAACGGAGCGGUGCUGACCGGGCCCCCGCCCACCCCACCGGAGCAGGGCGCCCUGAGGACCAGCAGCGGGGACGAGGGGAGCAGCAGGGAGGAGGAGACGCUGUUCACCGACGACCUCCUGCCCAACAUCGACCUGACCAGCGAGCUGAGCCUGUGGGGAUCGUCCUUUGGCACACAGGCGCGCGCAGGUGAGAUGAAGAGUGAGCAGGUGACUUUCAGCAGCUCGCCGAACCCCCUACUGGCAGGGCUGCGUCACUACGCCGAGGCCAGCCCUCCAGCUGUGGUCAUUGUGAAGAGCCCCGUCCCAGACACCAGCAGCUGCGCUGGUGACACAGAUCUGAGGCCCCGACCCCAAAUCCCCCCGGACGCCCACCCGGGCGCCCCCCCGGACCUCCCGCUGCAGAGCCCCCUGACGCUGGUGGACAGGGAGCUCCAGGAGGCCUUUCAGGAAUGCGAGGAGCACAUGGCCUCUCUCCUCGUUCCCCGCCCAGCAGCUGCGGCCCCGCCCAAUGACGAGGCCGACCGGCGUCUGUCCGUGCCACCGCCCGAAGGUGAAGACGUGGGCCCUUUGAAGAAUAAGAGCGCUACAGGAGGCUCUGAAUUAUCGGCUCUUCCUCCAGGGGCUCUGACCAAUCAGGACCGGGGUGAGCCCAACAGUGGCACACAGACGGCCGAACCGCUAACCGCCAAGAGGGAGGUGGAGACCUUCAGCUUCAGAGACUACAUCUUAGGACUCACAGGGGAGGGUGAGGAAGGGGAAAUAGCAGGGAAACAGGUGCCUAGUGACCCGUUGGACACAGAGACAGACAUUUUCACAGACGCACAGACACACGUACUGAUGGGCGUGGUGAAAACACAAGAAGAAAUGACACAAGAGUCCCAGCCAGAUGUGCCUGCAGGUUUAUUGGAAAAGGGUCUGAAUGAUACAGAGCACGAUAAACCGAAAGAAUCUGAGAAAGAGACUGGAUCUCAGAUAGAGGCAGAGAAAACGCAGUCAGAAACACUCCGAACAGACACCCAGGAAACCACAGAUUUAUCAAAGGAGACUACAAAAGAUACAAAAGGCAUGAAACUGACAGCGACUCAGGAGGGCACAAAGACAGAGAGACAAGAGACGGGCACAGAUUCACUAAAGGGGGCUCUGAAUAAUUCAGACGUCUUUAAUCAGACAGACACACAGACGCAGCUAGAUCUACUGACAGGCACAAUGCCCCCGGGACAAACACUAAACGAGACUCCCACGGAGGCUGUUCCAAAGCCACCCUCGGACACAACAGGACAAACACACGGCGACGCAAACCCUGAAAUGCUGACGGAGCCCGAGGCAGCGCAACUGAAAGAGAGCCGCGACCGCUCGCCUGUGGAGCUUCAGAUCAGCACGCAGCACUGCAGGGCCGUAAAGAUGGAGGCAGAGAGAGGCUGGGUCAGAGAGAGCCAGGACGAGGCAGCGACAGCCCUGACGGGCGCACACGCUGAGUCAGAGACGGGUUUACAGACACAGGCAGACACGCAGGAAGGGCUGGACGCACAUACAGACGCACCGGCUGUUUUAAAGUCGCAGGCAGAAUUACAGCCACUGGCAGGCGUAAGGAUAGGGUGCGAUUUACCUGCAGACACACAGCCAGAUUUAAAGAAACAGGCGGAUUUACUGACAAAGAUAGACGAAGGUGCGCACGUCAACACACCAGCUCCUGAUUUAAAGAUACAGACAGAAAUGCAGGCAGGACAAGGCACAUGCUCGGGCGAAGUAGCAGAUUUAAAAAGACAGAUUGAGCUGCAGACACAGGCUGACACACCGACAGGACAAGGCGCACCCACAGACACAAAAGCAAAAGAUUUAAAGAUAUUGACAGAAUUGCAAAUACAGACAGGCACACAGUCAGAGGCAGGGAUGGGCACACAGUCAGAGGCAGGGAUGAGCACACAAAUCGACACACAGGUACAAGAUUUAGAGACACCAAUAAAGAUGGUGUUACAGGCUCCAGUAGACACACACAUAAAGAUGCAGAUGGAGAUAAAGGAAGAAUCACACACAGGGUGCUCAGGUUUCCAGGAACAGCUGAGACAGCAGGGAGAGCCACACAUCUGUCCCCCGGUUCCAGACCCCGAGUCUGGGCAGGAUCGCAUUACUGUCCCUGGGAGUCCCCCUGCUCCCGCUCCUGCCCCAGACCCUCCCCUCCCCCCGGGUCCCCAGCAGCCUCCGGCUGGCAGCAGGACAGGUGGCCCCCACCCCCCAGUAACGGCACCCGAAACCCCACACCAAGCAGCAACAGAGGGGCAAAAAAAUGACAAAAAUGCCCCAGCGACAUCUGUGACGGUCGUGGAGAUCGAUCGGUCGAGGGAGGGCGGUGGCGGAGAGCGGCCGGUCGGGAAAGCGGGGCUGCGUAGGGGAGGAGGGCGCCCUUGA